AAAUACAACAACAAUAACCAUGGACAGACAACCAAUUAGCGAAUAUCUUCAAAACAACAAUCUCCAAAAGUUGGUAGAAGAUGCUUUAAAUGAAUGCUACAAUGCUAAUGCUUCAGAUGUUCAUUCCUUCCUCGGAAACUUCUUCUUGUCUCGUGGUAAGAAGUCAUCUGGUCAAAUUGAUAAGAUUGUUGGUAGAGAAAUUUUGGACUCUAGAGGUAAUCCAACUGUUGAAGUUGACGUUUAUGUUAAUGGUCAAAAGAGACCAAUUGCCACUGCUUCUGCUCCAUCUGGUGCUUCAACUGGUAGUAAUGAAGCCCACGAACUUCGUGAUGGUGAUAAGUCAAGAUUCCUCGGAAAGGGUGUUUUGAAGGCUGUUAAGAAUGUUAAUGAAACUCUCUCAAAGGCUGUUGAAGGUAAAUCACUUGAUAGUCUUGCUGAAGUUGAUCAAGCUUUGAUUGAUGCUGAUGGUGAUGAAUUGAAGAGCAAUUUGGGUGGUAAUUCCAUUACUGCUGCUUCAUUUGCUCUUGCUACUGCUGGUGCUGCUGUUAAGAAUGAAGAAUUAUUCUUGUAUUUGGCCAAUGCUUUCCACAAUGGAAAGACUGAAGGUUUAAAGUAUCAUCUUCCAACUCCUAUGGUCAAUAUUUUGAAUGGUGGUAAGCACGCUGGUGGUCGUCUUCAAAUUCAAGAAUUCAUGAUUUUGCCAAAGGAAAAUCAAUCAUUCCGUGAAAAGCUCAGAUGUGUUGCUGAAGUUUAUCAACAUUUGGGUAAGAUUCUCGUUGAAGCUGCUGGUCCAAGUGCUAAGAAUGUUGGUGACGAAGGUGGUUUUGCUCCAAACUUGGAAACUGCUGAUGAAGCUUUGAACUAUAUUGAACAAGCCAUUGUUAAGGCUGGUUAUAAGGUUGGUGAAGACGUCUUUUUGGCUUUGGAUGCUGCUUCAAGCGAAUUCUAUGAUUCUGAAACUAAAAAGUACGAAAUUACUCAAGGAAAGGAUUAUUAUACUUCCGAAGAAAUGGUUGAAUAUUAUGCCCAAUUAGUCGAAAGACACCCUGCUAUCGUUUCUAUUGAAGAUGGUUUGGAAGAAAAGGACUAUGAAGGAUGGAAGAAGUUGACCGAAAGAUUGGGCUCAAAGAUCAUGUUGGUUGGUGAUGACUUGUACACUACUAACACCAGAUUGAUUAAGCAAGGUAUUGAAGAAAAGUGGGCUAACUCUUUGUUGUUGAAGGUUAACCAAAUUGGUUCUAUCACUGAAGCUAUGAAUGCUGCUAGAAUGAUUUUCAAUGUCAACCAAAAGGUCAUUGUUUCCCACAGAUCUGGUGAAACUGCCACUAAUUUGAUUGCUGAUUUGGUUGUUGGUAUUGGUGCUACUCACAUUAAGACUGGUGCUACUGCUAGAGGUGAACGUGUUUCCAAGUACAAUAGAUUGUUGCAAAUUGAAGAAUACCUCGAACAAAAUGGUUUGCUCUCUCAAUAA